AGCUGCUGUUCCCCCGGCGAGAUUGUCCGGCGAUGCGGUGCUGACCCAGGUGUGUUUUGCAGAGAUUUAACGCACAAACUUUUCGGCUUUGCAGAGGAGUCCAGGGUCCUGUUCCAGAGGAGCGCUGAUGUCCCUUCAGCUCCUGGUUUAGUGUUGUGCCAGGAGACCCAACCAUGGAGCUUCCCACCCUCCUCCUGCUGGCUUUCUCCAUGGCCUUCUCCUCCGCCGCUGCGUUUCUGUUUUGGGAACCCAGGAUCUAUGGAGACGAUGCCACGGGCUACGGGCCAGUGUUCGAGGAGCAGCCCCAGGACCUGGUCUACCCAGAGGAAUCAGCCGAGAACAAAAUCUCCAUGAACUGCCGAGCGCGGGCAAACCCACCGGCCACAUACAAGUGGAGGCUGAAUAGCUGGGAGAUCAAGCUCCUGGAGCAGCCAGAUGAGUACUACAGCCUGGUGGGGGGGAACCUGGUGAUAACCAACCCUGAAAAGGGCCGGCACGCGGGGCGAUACGUCUGCGUGGCCCAGAACGUGUACGGGACCGUGUACAGCAAGGAGGCCAUCGUCAAGUUCGGCUACCUGGAGAUGUUCUCUUCCGAAGAACGGGAGGCCGUGCCGGCCAAAGAAGGACAGGGGGCAGUCCUUAUCUGUGCCCCUCCCCCGCAUUACCCAGAUGACCUGACCUUCCGCUGGAUGCUAAACGAGUUUCCCCUCUUCAUCCCGACGGACAAGCGGAGGUACGUCUCCCAGAGGACAGGGAACCUCUACAUCGCCAGGGUGGAGCUGGUCGACAGCGGCAACUACUCCUGCUUCGUCUCCAGCCCUUCCAUCGCCAAGAGCGUCUUCAGCCAGUUCAUCCCCCUCUUCCCUCAGGCAGAAAAUCCAGUCCGGAAGUAUGCUGCUGACAUAAGAGUGAAGCAUCCGGACACCACCGCUCUCCUGGGACAAAACAUCACCUUGGAAUGCUUUGCUCUGGGAAACCCCAUUCCGGAGGUCCGCUGGAGGAAGGUGGACGCCGAGCUUCCGACCAACAUCGAGUUUGGCCUGGGAGGGGCCCUGCUCCACAUCUUCAACGUGCAGUUUGAGGACGAGGGCACCUACGAGUGCGAGGCACUCAACACCAGAGGCAAAGACUGGCACAGGCUGUGGCUCUUUGUUGAAGCCGCCCCGGAGUGGGCGCAUCACAUCAACAACACGGAGAAGGACAUCGGCAGUGAGCUCACCCUCUCCUGCCAGGCCAACGCCCGGCCGUGGGUGUGGAUCCGCUGGCUGAAGAACGGCUAUUCGUAUGGGAAGGGCAAUCUGAGGUUCAGCAGCCUCACCUUCGAGGACUCUGGGAUGUACCAGUGCAUCGCCGAGAACCGCUACGGAAUCAUCUACGCCAACGCCGAGCUGCGCGUCAUCGCCUGCGCCCCCACGUUUGAGAAGAACCCGGUGAGGAAGAGGCUCCUGGGGGCCAGAAUGGGCCGGGUGGUGAUCGAGUGCAAGCCUAGGGCUGCGCCCAAACCCAAAAUCACCUGGAGCCGGGGAUCGGAGCAGCUCUCCAACUCCUCACGCUUCCGUAUCUGGGAUGACGGGAGCCUGGAGAUCAUAAACGCCACGCGGCUGGACGAGGGAAACUACACCUGCUUCGCCGUGAACGACCGGGGGAAGGCCAAUAGCAGUGGGGUGCUGACCAUCACCGAGGCGACCAAGAUCACGGCGGCUCCGUCCGACCUGCAGGUGACCGUGGGAGAGACCGCGCGCCUGCCCUGCGCAGCGUCACACGACCCCACCCUCGACGUCACCUUCAUCUGGUCCGUGGACACGCGCGUCAUCGACUUCGACAGGGACGACGUGCACUUCCUGCGCGUCAUGUCCUACGAGUCGAGCGGCGAGCUGCGGAUCAGGAACGUGCAGCUGAAGCAUUCCGGCACCUACUCCUGCACCGCGCAGACCAUCGUGGACAACGUCACCGUCUCCGCCGAGCUGACCGUCAAGGGCCCCCCGGGCCCCCCGGGCGGGCUGCGGGUGGAGGACUACAAAGACAAGACGGCCAGGCUGCUGUGGAGCCGAGGCAGCGACAACCUCAGCCCCAUCCUCUCGUACAUCGUCCAGGCCCGUGACUCCCUCUCCCUGGACCAGGAGGAGUGGAAGAAGAUUUCCACCGCUCCACCGGUCCUGGACGGUCACACAGAGAUGGCCACCCUGGUCGAUUUGACUCCCUGGUCGGAAUACGAGUUCCGCGUCAUAGCGAUAAACGACAUGGGAAUGGGGGAACCCAGCGUCCCGGCUCCGAAAAUCCGAAUGUGGGAAGCAGUUCCUUCAAUCGCUCCCACUGACAUCGGGGGUGGAGGGGGGAUAAGCAAAGAGCUGACCAUAACCUGGACGCCCAUCCCGCGGGAGUACUACUUCGGCCGGAACUUCGGCUACGUGGUGGCCUUCAAGCCGCACGACUGGAACGACUGGAAGUGGGUGACGGUGGCGGACGCCGAGGCCCGGCGCUACGUGCACCGCGACGCCUCCAUGGUCAGCGCCACCGAGUUCCAGGUCAAGGUGAAGGCCUACAACAGCCAGGGAGAGGGGCCCUACAGCCUCACCGCCAUCAUCUACUCCGCCUUGGACGUGCCUGCGGAGGCCCCCGCGGAUGUUAGCUGCAGCGAGCUCUCCUCCACAGAGGCCCUGAUAUGGUGGCUGCCAGUCUUCCAGCUGCCCGUGGAUGGUUACCAGAUCCGGUACUGGAGGAAGUACUACGACAACGAGGCGUCGGCCAGCCGCUACUUGAUGGACCGGCACCUGGAGAACGUGACGCGGCUGAGCGAGAUCCUGCCGUACUGGCAGUGGCGGGUGGACUGGCGCUACUACAACGAGGCUUGGAUCGGCACCCGGCUGGAGAACAUGCUGCCCGACACUCACUACAUGGUGGAGAUCCGGGCCUACAACGACGCCGGGUUCGGCCCUCCGGGCGAGAUCUGCGAGAUGUUCACCAAGAAACCGCCUCCUAACCGUCGUCCGAAAAUAACCAGCCGGUUCUACGACCUCUUUCACUUUUACUUUUACAUCGCGUGGGAGCACGUGGAGGCCAUGUACAACGAGUCCAGGAUCGAGGGCUACAAGGUGAUGAUCAAGAGGGAGGGGCACUUCAGCGGGAAGCUGACCCUGACGGGGAGGCACUACAUGGUGGUGCCCGUGCCCACGGAGGGGGACUACCUGGUGGAGAUCCGUGCCCGGGCCGAGGGGGGUGACGGGCCCAUCUCCCGUGUGCGAGUCUCAGCCGGGGCUGUGCUUGGCGCUCGCUCUCUGGGCGUGGUCACCCUGUUGAUGGUGGGUCUCGUGCCCCUCUCUCUCUGAGCCCCCCCUCCCCUCUACAGGGGACACUCCCUCCUCCCCACAGCGCCCGGAACGCGGCUCUGGAAAAGAGUCACCCAGGAAACAUUCGGGAAGAAACGCUGGGAAAAUCCCAUUUGUAGUUCACACACAAUCUACAGUUUAUGGAGGACCAUUGUAGGAGUUGUUGUUCAGUAUGCCUUAUGUACGCCCUUACACUGAUCUUUUACACCAGGGGUGUUUCUGAUCUUAUCCAAAAAGGGCCAGUGGUGGUGCAGGUUUUUGUUUUAGCGCAGCAGCACAAAUUUCAGUUCCUGAUUUACAAAAAGUACCUGAUUUAACUACUUAGGCUAAGUAGACAUGGUUUUGAUGAGUAGAGUCAUGUGUAUUAGUGCUGCCUGCACCCACACCAGCCCUUUCCAGGUAAGAUUAGACACCCCUUUUCGCAUGACUCGUACCAAAUGGACAUGAUUCUUUACUGGAAGCACCCUAACGGUUUUACCGGAGGUUCAACUUGAGCGCAGAACGCUCUAUUCCGAAAAACAUUGUGAUACACCUGAAUUAAUCUUCAAAUCUUUAUCCCCACAAAAUCCUCUCCAAUAAUGGGUAUAAAUUCCCCACUCAGGCAACCCUUCAUGUCACAGAUAAACUUGUUGAUUGCAUAAUAAAUUGAUAAACAUAAAUUAGCAAGUCGGAAGUCGCGAAAGAUCAGCGCUAGAGUUAACUAAAUUCGUCUUCGACCAAAUGCAGUUCGCUAAAACGACUCAACUGAUUUUCCUCUUUUAUUGAAAUAUGACAAAGUCGUGCUUCCCCGCAGAGAUGCAGUCAAAACAAACACCGAUUCAGUGCUCUGGGCAUUCCUGUAUUGUUCUAUACCCAGUACACUCAUCAUACCAGAAAUGGUAAUAUGUAACGUCUCGUUUUGUCCAGUAUUUAAAGCCGAUAAAUUACCACGCUGAAAUGUAGUUUAACAACUGUAUGGUGCUACCCUACUCGUCCUCGUUCCUUCAUAUGUCUAGAAUUGAAUGGAUGGAACGGUUUUUCUCUUACAACGUUCCCGUAACGUUGCCAGAACAUUACAGGCUGACUAGGAGCACUGAUUCAAAAGCUGGCACAGAAUUAAUCCAAAAUGAUCCGUAUAUAAUAUAGAAAAAGACAUUAUUUUGACUGUAUCUUUGGUCCUCUGUCACAUGCUGGGGUUUUUUUUAAUAGAGAAUGACGGUGGUUUGGUUUUAGUUACUACCUUAUACCUGUAUGUUUUUGUCCGAGUUCGAUUAUUUACUGUGUUGGCUGCAUUUCUGUAGACCGGUUGUGUCCAGUCGUAUGUCAAAAAAGAGGUUGAUGUUGGUGCAGGUGUUUGCUUCAGUCCGGAUACCUGAUUAUACAUAUCAAGAUCUCAUGCUGACCAUGGUUUGGUCGUUUGUUGAAUCGUUAAAUUGUUAAUUGGUUGAAUUGUUUUGGUUAAUUUGUUUUAUUCGUUUUGGAGUGCUGGACUAAAACAAAAAACCUGCACAUACACACCGGCCAUUUUCAGAUAGGACUGGGCACAGCAGGUGUGAUCAAAACUGCAAUGUGUGAUGCAUAAACAACGACAAGAGGCUAAGUCCCUUCAACCUUGAAAUGGAAACAAACGCAGUAAAGUUAGCAGAAAUCAUUGUACAGCUUUUUUUAAUGUCUUUAUUGUUAUAUCAUUUUUGUACAAUAUGUUCCUGUUUUUUUUACAUAAAUGAUACACAAGGUAAUAUAGUUGUGUGUUAUAAGCUGGUUAUAUAUCUAAUGCCCUUUUAUUUGUUCGUUUCACCUUAUUGACAUUUUUAAUCGAUGUACCACUUGAGUGGCAUUAGAGAUGCAUAUCCGUACCUUUCCAGAAAAGCGGCGACAUUCGUGUACCACUGCAACACUACACAAAAAAAAAAAAAAAACGGUAACGCACUUCAGCAUUGUGCACAUUAUAUCAACAGUAUCCGCAUUUUCCGUUUUAUUACAAAGGCUACGUAGCUAUCUACUCACCUGAAAGUUAGUUUUGGCAAAUGCAUGAACGGCAAAUCUGCGCUCCCCCGAGGACGCUUUCGCAUUUCUAUUGGGCAUGACGCGAGAAACGCAAAGCUUCACUCAUCGCUCGGAAUUCUCGCGUUCCAAUCCACAGUGAAUUCCAAACUGCGUUCGCGUCAUAGGCUAUAUUUUUGUCGGGAAAUCGAUCGCUAUUGUAGGGGAAGUCUAACCUCUGUGCUGUCUGCUUACAUCAUGUCAGCCUUCUCAAUUAAAGUUUAGACAAAACCAAAAA